ACUUUUAUGCGUCAACAUUCUUCUUGCUGUUGUUUCAGUGCCCUUGUUUUCUCUACUAAUGCUCUUUCUUUCACUCUUUCUCCCAAUCCAAGAUUCUCUGUUUGCUUUCUUGCAUGCAAUUCCUUCUCUCUUCUUUUUUGGUGCAGUUCGUGGGUUUUAAAUGCCAAUUUCAGUUCUUAAUAAUUUUAAAUCAAUUUCAGUUCCCUGCUUUAUCUAUCUUUAGCUUUCUCUCGUCUUCUUGCCCCCUUUAAACGCUCCUUUUUGCGUCCUUUUGAAGGGCGAUUUGAUUCAAUAUACAGUUCAAGAUUCGACCGAUGACACCUAUCACUCAAGAGCAUUUUUCUUGCUGAAUCAUGAAGCAAUGGAGAAGGAUUUUAAGGUCUUUGUGUACCCAGGUGGAAACCCAGGAACAUGUUAUCACUCAAAAAAUAACACGCUCAAGAGCAAUCAUGCAAGUGAACAUUACUUCUUCAUGAAUCUGAGAGAUAGUCCGUUUCUGACUAAAAAUCCUCAAGAGGCUCAUCUCUUCUUUAUUCCCAUUUCUUGCCAGCCAUUGAGUGACGAGGAACCUUUACCUGGUUAUAAGGAGAAGGUUAUCAAGAGAUAUGUCAAGAGCUUAAUUUCCACAUACCCUUACUGGAAUAGGACUUUAGGUGCUGAUCACUUUUUUGUCAGUUGCCAUAACAUUGGCAGCACGGCUACUAAAGAAAUCCCGUUUCUCCUGAAGAAUGCAAUUCGACUUGUGUGUUCACCAAGUUAUGAUUCCAACUAUAUUCCACAGAAGGAUGUUGCCCUCCCACAAAUACUGGAGCUCUCUCUACCUCCUGAUGGAGAUGACAUGUGGAACAGGUCAACUGUGGAGUCUCGCCCUCUCCUGCUGUCCCAAGAGAUGAUAAACCCUUCCAGGACUAAACUUGGUUUCUGGGCUGGUUCUCCCAAUUCAGAUGUAAGGAAGAAACUUGUAUUAUUUCAAAAAGAUUUUCAAGAAUUUGAGUUCCAUUUCGUCGAGAAAUUAAAAAGGGCCACUGUGCUACACAAUUUUGAAAAGGAAAUAUAUCGGAGUAAGUUUUGCAUCUGUCCUCGUGGGGAGACUCAAGUUGGUGGUGUUUGCUUAUCAGAAUCGAUGGCUUUUGGAUGUGUACCUGUCAUCAUGUCGGACUACUAUGACUUGCCAUUCAAUGACAUUCUUGACUGGGAUAAAUUCUCUGUAAUUCUCAAAGAAGACGAUGUUCUCGAACUGGAGAAAAUUCUUAAAUCCAUACCAGAAGGAAAGUACGAGAAAAUGCAUCAAAAUGUUCUUAAGGUUAGAAAGCACUUCAAGUGGCAUUCUCCUCCUGCCAAGUAUGACGAGUUUCACUUGGUUAUGCAUGAGCUGUGGAAGCGCCGCCACGUCAUUAGGUACUGAACUACUGGAAGAUGUCUCCAGUUUUGCGGGCGGUCCGACACCUUUACACCGUUUUAAACAGCAUUUCCCUCUGAUUGCUGGUUUCUGAAGCUGAAAGCACAUUGCAUAGCUUGGCGUACUUACUCCUUUGUUUCUCGAAUAUUCUUCCACGAGGCUUACAUUUUAAAUUGUUGAUCCUUUACAAUAGAAAGAUUGCACAUAUAUUUGUCUGCAUGUUAUCGACUGGGGAUGAGUUCUGUCGUCUAAAAUUUUAUGGUGGAAUCACUUUUAUCCUUUUUAGUU